AGAGCUUGUACGAUAGAGGGUGGAGAAAAAAAGCAGAGGGACUACUCCUGUUUACAACAACAUAAUGGAGCCUAAAUGGUCAAACAACAUCUGCAAGCGGGCGUUAUUGACUGGAUUUACGCUAUUUAUUGUAUUAGUCACAAAACCUUCAUCAGCGAUCGAAAUCCACGCCGACUCAGAGGUCAUCCUGCAGAAUGGCACGGGGGGAAUCCUUCGAUGCACCUUCAAGUCGAGUGAAGUGGUCAGCAGCUCCACCUCAGUGACUUGGAGCUUUCAGUCGAGUCAGCUCGACAGUAAAUUCUCAAAAUCUCCAUACUCGAUUUUCUACUACUCCAAUGGGAAAGGAUUCCCAGGUCCAGAAGAAUUCAAAGACAGGGUCCAGUUUAUUGGAGACAUAAACAAGCGGGAUGUUUCAAUACAGCUGAACCCGACUCAGUUCAGUGACAACGGCACCUUCUUCUGUGACGUGAAGAACCCACCCGACGUGAUGGGAACACCAGCUCGAACAGAGCUCAGGGUCGUCCUCAAAGAAUCUCUUCCUCAUAAUAACACGGCUGUUAUAGUCGGAGCCGUUUGUGGUGCUUUAUUUCUGCUCGUCCUUGUUGCUGUAGCUGCCUGCAUCGUCAUGAAGGUGCUUCACAACCGCCAUGAAUAUGAAGGAUGUACGUCCUUGGAAAGCGUGAGCUCUCAAGCUCCGCAGCCACGAAAGAAGGUGGAGUCCAGCCUGGAGAGCUCCAGGUGUACCAGUCCCUCGGGUCCACUACAGGGCCCGGUGAUAUACGCCCAGUUGGAUCACUCAGGCAGCAAAAACUCCUUCCAUAAGAUGGAGCCUGUGGUCUAUGCUGACAUCCGUAAAAACUGAAGAGGGACCGGGGACCAAAAAAAGACAAAAUAAAUAAAACACAGUAAAGUA